AUGGCGUCGAGGGCUCUUGCCUCGAGCUCUGUUCCCCCACCAGAUGCCCCAAUCCCAGAACUGUACCGAGACUCGGUGCUCCAGGCUUGGGAUAAUUCAAUAAUUCGCUUCCGACGCGACAUGACCCAAUUCUCCCCUGACAUCUACAAGAACACCGCAUUCGACCAGGCCAUAGGUGGGAACGGGGCUAUUAACGUCUGCGUACGAUGGAACUCUAACACGACCGUGACCGAGACUACCCGCCAACAGGUCGAGUCUCAGUACAGGAAGUUGUACAACUUCUGGUGGGAGUGGCUUCCUGGCUACGAUAACUUCCCCUUCGACGAGAUCAAGAUCAACUUCGUUGGGUGGGCUGUGAGGGACCGCAACCAGUUGCAGGGCUCCCUCGACGGCCUCAAUGUCUACACGGAGUUCAAGGAUGAUCAAGGCCUCCCUGAUUGCAACCCUGCCUGCUGGGUCGAGGACCAUCUGGACGGAAAUUUUACUGCCUGUCCCGGUGGGCGCGACCACCGCUACCACCAAUUCUUCCUCUUGAACUCCGCCUGGGGUGAUAUGAACAUGGGCGCGGCCAUUGGGUACGGCAUCGACGUCAGUAUGUACGGCUGGGAAACCGUCGGUAGCAAGAUGGGAUACUGGCCCUUGCUACUGCAUGAAAUGGGUCACACAAUCGGCUUCUUGGACUAUCUCGACCUCGAAGGGAACGCUCCCCCGAACGGAACCAACCCUUUGUCAGUCUGCAGUACCCUUUUCCUUCCUCCGAACCACCCCGAGAACUUCGUCAUGAAGCCUGGAAACGGAGGAUCCAUUACUCCUCCUACCGUCACCGAGAUGGAAGGUUGGAUGAUUCGCUACUGGUGGACCCGGAUUUCUCGUCUCCGCGGCUGGCAGGCUGAUAACACAACAUAUCCCCCGCUGCCGGAUUGCCCUUCGGAGAACUUUGACAAGCGAUCCAGCCACCAUUUUUGCUCCUUGUAA